GAAACCAUGGAAGAAGGGCUACUGUCUCUGUCAGGGUUAAAGUCCAACAUCAAUGGAGGUUCAGGUGAUUGCAGUGAUGUCUUAAACCCAAGUGGGUCCUCCUCCUCUGCCACCCUUGUUGUGGUUCUGAGCACAUUGGUGGCUCUCUGCGGUUCCUUUGGCUAUGGCUGUGCUAUAGGAUAUUCAUCCUCUGCUGAAUCAGGAAUUGUGGAAGACUUGGGCCUUACAGUUGCAACAUACUCAGUUUUUGGUUCAAUAAUGACGGUUGGAGGAAUGAUUGGUGCACUAGUAAAUGGGAAGAUAACCGAUCUCAUUGGUCGUAGAGGUACAAUGUGGCUAUCUGAAGCAUUCAAUGCUGCAGGAUGGCUCACCAUAUCAUUUGCACAGAAUGCUUGGUGGCUUGAUUUAGGACGGUUGUCAGUGGGAUUCGGCGUUGGAAUAAUUUGCUAUGUGGUACCUGUAUACAUAGCAGAAAUAACACCCAAGGAUCUUAGAGGAAGAUUUACUUCAGCUACUCAGUUGAUGCUUAGUUGUGGCUUAGCACUAGCCUUUUUCCUUGGAAAUGUCAUAACCUGGCGGACCUUGGCGAUUAUUGGUGCUAUUCCAUCUCUUCUACACAUUAUAGGUCUAUUUUUCAUCCCAGAGUCUCCAAGGUGGCUGGCCAAAAUGGGUAGGCACAAGGAAUUUGAAGCAGCUCUUCAGCGUUUGAGAGGAAAGAAUGCCGACAUAUCUCAAGAAGCAGCUGAUAUCAUGGAUUAUACAGAUAUGUUUCAGCAACACUCAGAAAAAUUCCUAGACCUGUUCGAAAAGAGAUAUGCUUACUCACUCAUUAUUGGAAUUGGACUCAUGUCACUGCAACAAUUUGGGGGUGCCUAUGCAGUAGCAUAUUACGCAAGUUCUAUAUUUGUUGAUGCAGGUUUUCCAAGUAGCAUUGGGACUAUAUCAUUGGCUCUCAUUGGGAUUCCUGGUGUUGCAUUGAGUGUGCUAUUAACAGACAAAGUUGGAAGACGACCACUUCUUAUGGUUUCUGCUGGCGGAUUGUGCUUUAGUUCCCUUCUUGUUGGUUUGGCAUUCUUAUUUCAGGACAUCAAUUUCUGGAAAGAGCUCACUCCCAUUUUGGUGUACAUCGGCUUAUUGGGUCAGUGUCUAUCAUAUUCAGCUGGCAUAGCAGGAUUACCCUGGGUUAUUAUGUCUGAGAUAUUCCCCAUAAAUGUUAAAGGUACAGCAGGAAGCCUGUUGAGUUUGGUGAAGUGGUCUUGUGCUUGGAUAGUGACAUACACCUUCAAUUUCAUGAUGGAAUGGAACUCAGAAGGAACAUUUUUCUUCUUCUCAGCCGUCUCCGGGUUAAUGGUUCUGUUCGUAGCAAAGCUAGUGCCAGAGACCAAGGGUCGCACCCUAGAAGAAAUACAAGCAUCAAUGGCUCAUUUCCCCCGACUAUAAGAUGAAAUACGUCUCCAUUCCAUCCUUGUCUGUACACAGGAGAUGGCUAUGCUGCCUAUGCAUGAUAGAAUGGAACCAAUGUUUCCCAGGAACCAAAACAUUGGUGUACUGACAACUGUUCAGCCAAUACAAGAACAGUGA